AGUGAAGGUGGAUUUGAUCUUGCUUGCUAGAUAGCUCAUUUGUAAACCACAAGUAUUGUGUUUUUAUUGGGAAACAUGGCGGACAUAUAUCAAUCAGAAAGCAUUUAUAAUCUGAUCCCCCGGGAGCAGGUUAAAAUGGAAACACUGCCGAGAUACAUGUCAAAGUUCAGAGAACAAGUGAAGCAGGAGAAGCAGAUGAGCAAAUCAGCAUUCAGGACCAUGGGCCCAGCAAAAAUGGAGUUACCCUCCCCAGAGAAAUUUCUGCGCAAGCACUCCAAGGAACCAAAACUUCCUGAAAAAAAAUCUUUCACGUAUCCAGACGAUGGAUUAAGAAAGCCGCAGCUACCAGCGAGGACUGAAAACCCACCGAUGGGCAUGGGCUCCAAAAAGGAUUUUAUAAAGACCAACGCCAUUGACACCAUCCUGGCAGUUCCAAGGAAACCACAGCAGAUAUAUGCUGACACCAGGCGUGGAGAUAAGCAGCCCCUGGAAACUUCUGGUCUUCUCCCGAAAUAUGUGAAAAAGAAGGACUACGGGCAGACCCCAGAGUACCUCCACCAGCACAAAGAGGAGAUGCGGAGAGCCCAGGAGGAGUAUGACGAAUACGUGAAGGAGCGUCUUCGGCAGGGAGCCAUGAAGCAGCUCUCGGAGGAGGAACGGCAGAGCACCCUGGAGGGCCUCAAAAAGAACUGGGAGGAGCUGCACCACAAGUACCUGGGUUUGUCCAUCGUCAUUGACACCACCCCUAAGAAGUACAACAAGGAGAAGCUGGAGAUGGAGAUGAAGCAGUUAGAGAGAGACAUUGACCUCAUCGAGAGACACAAAACCAUCUACAUCGCAAACAAUUAAGAGACUGAGUCACUCUAGAAUAUCAUUUUUUGCUAUAAAUGUUGUCAAUGAUUUAACACUGUUUGAUAAAUAAAUGAUAAAA